AUGUCCAACUUUGAGAAGGACCAGCACAUCAACUACCAGCGCAUUGAGGACAACUUGGCCAUUGUCAGAAAGAGGCAAGUAUUGAAUCAGCCUUUGACCCUUGCCGAGAAGAUCGUCUACGGUCACUUGGAUGAUGCCCACAACCAGGACAUCGAGCGCGGAAAGUCCUACCUCAAGCUCCGUCCCGAUCGCGUUGCCUGCCAGGACGCCACUGCCCAGAUGGCUUUGCUCCAGUUCAUGUCUGCUGGUCUCCCCAACGUUGCUGUUCCCUCCACUGUCCAUUGCGACCAUUUGAUCGAGGCUCAGGUCGGUGGUUCCAAGGAUCUUGCCCGUGCCAAGGACAUCAACAAGGAGGUCUACGAUUUCUUGUCCUCCUCCUGCGCCAAGUACGGACUCGGCUUCUGGAGACCAGGUUCCGGUAUUAUUCACCAGAUCAUUCUUGAGAACUAUGCCUUCCCUGGUGGUUUGAUGAUCGGAACCGAUUCCCACACCCCCAACGCUGGAGGUCUCGGUAUGGUCGCCAUCGGGGUCGGUGGAGCUGAUGCCGUCGAUGUCAUGGCCGAUAUUCCUUGGGAGCUUAAGUGCCCCAAGGUCAUUGGUGUCAAGUUGACCGGCAAGCUGUCUGGCUGGACCUCCGCCAAGGAUGUCAUCCUGAAGGUUGCUGGUAUUCUUACCGUCAAGGGUGGUACGGGAGCCAUUGUUGAGUACUUCGGACCUGGUGUCGACAGCUUGUCCUGCACUGGUAUGGCAACCAUCUGCAACAUGGGUGCUGAAAUCGGUGCCACCACCUCUCUCUUCCCCUACAACUCGCGCAUGUCCGACUAUCUCAAGGCCACCACCCGUCCCUACAUUGCCGAGUGGGCUGAUUCCUUCCAGCACAACUUGAAGGCCGAUGCCGGUGCCAAUUAUGAUCAGGUCAUCGAGAUCGAUCUCAACACCUUGGAGCCCCACAUCAACGGACCCUUCACCCCCGAUCUUGCCACUCCUCUCAGCAAGUUCAAGGACGCCGUCAAGAGCAACGACUGGCCCGCCAAGCUCGAGGUCGGUUUGAUCGGUUCCUGCACCAACUCUUCGUACGAGGACAUGUCCCGCUCUGCCUCGAUCGCCAAGGAGGCCUUGGAUCACGGCUUGAAGGCCAAGUCCAUCUUCACCAUCACACCCGGUUCCGAGCAGAUUCGUGCCACCAUUGAGCGCGAUGGACAGAUGGAGAUCCUCAACGCUGCUGGCGGCGUCGUUCUUGCCAACGCCUGCGGCCCUUGCAUUGGUCAAUGGGAUCGUCAGGAUGUCCCCAAGGGCACCAAGAACUCCAUCAUUACCUCCUACAACCGCAACUUUACUGGACGUAACGAUGCCAAUCCUCAGACCCACGCUUUCGUGGCCUCCCCUGAGUUGGUCACUGCCAUGACCUUUGCCGGUGACUUGACCUUCGACCCCACCAAGGACACCCUCAUCGGUGCUGACGGCAAGCCCUUCAAGUUCUCUGCUCCCAACGGCAAUGAACUUCCUCCCCGCGGCUACGACCCUGGUGAGGAGACCUACCAGGCUCCUCCCAAGGAGAAGGGUCACGUCCAAGUCCAGGUUUCGCCCACCUCUAACCGUCUUCAGCUCUUGGAGCCCUUCAAGAAGUGGGAUGGCAAGGACAUGGAGGACAUGCCCAUCUUGAUUAAGGUCAAGGGCAAGUGCACGACCGAUCACAUUUCCAUGGCUGGUCCUUGGCUCAAGUUCCGUGGUCACUUGGACAACAUCUCCAACAACAUGUUGAUUGGUGCCCUCAACUCUGAGAACAACGCUGUCAACAGCGUCAAGAACCAGUUCUCUGGUAAUUACGACACCGUCCCCGGCGUUGCUCGUGACUACAAGGCCAAGAACCAGCCCUGGAUUGUCAUUGGUGACGAGAACUACGGUGAGGGCUCUUCCCGUGAGCACGCUGCCUUGGAGGUCCGUCACCUCGGUGGUGCUGCUGUCAUCACCAAGUCCUUUGCCCGUAUCCACGAGACCAACUGCAAGAAGCAGGGUCUCUUGCCCUUGACCUUCGCCGACCCUGCCGACUACGACAAGAUCGCUCCUUUCGACAAGGUCUCGAUCCAGGGCUUGACCUCCUUCAAGGAGGGCGUUCCCCUGAACUUGCAUGUUAAGAAGCAGGAUGGCUCCAGCUUGGACAUCAAGUUGAACCACACCUUCAAUGAGGACCAGAUCAAGUGGUUCAAGUUCGGCUCCGCCUUGAACCAGAUGGCUGCCAAAGCCCAAGCUCGCGCAUAA